AGCUGGACUGCAGACAGCCAAUCAGAGCAGCUCUGAACAAAUGAAUGUUGGUCGUCAGAAACAUAAGAUCAGGCUGAAGGGGACAUUUGAACGUGUGACUGAAGGAGCUGAAACAGGAAGUGGAACCCUCCUCAACAGGAUCUACACUGCCCUUUACAUCAUAGAGGGACAGAGUGAAGAGGUUAAUACCCAACAUGAGGUGAGGCAGCUCGAGACAGCUUCCAAGAAGAAGACCCUCCAUGACUCUCCAAUCAAGUGCUGUGACAUCUUUAAAGCCUUACCUGGCCAACAGAAACACAUCAGAGUGGUUCUGACGAGCGGCGUCGCUGGCGUUGGAAAAACCUUCUCAGUGCAGAAGUUCUGUCUGGACUGGGCCGAGGGGUUGGAAAACCAAGAUAUCAGUCUGGUGAUUCCUCUUUCCUUCAGGGAGCUGAACUUGAUCAAAGAUGAGCAGUACAGUCUUCUGGAGCUGCUCCGUGUUUUCCAUCCAACAUUACAGGAGGUCCCAGCAGAGCAGCUCGCUGGCUCUAAAGUUCUCUUCAUCGUUGACGGCCUGGAUGAAAGCAGACUUUCACUGGAUUUCAACAACAAUGAGGCUGUUUCUGAUGUCACACAGAAGUCAUCAGUUAACGUGCUGUUGACAAACCUCAUCCAGGGGAAGCUGCUUCCCUCGGCUCUCGUCUGGAUAACUUCCCGACCUGCAGCAGCCAAUCAGAUCCCUCCUGCGUGUGUUGACAGGGUAACAGAAGUACAAGGCUUCACUGACGCCCAGAAGGAGGAGUAUUUCAGGAAGAGAGUCAGUGAUGAAGAGCUGUCCAGCAGAAUCAUCUCCCACAUCAAGACAUCCAGGAGCCUCCACAUCAUGUGUCUGAUCCCAGUCUUCUGCUGGAUCACUGCUACAGUUCUGGACCACAUGUUGACUACAGACCAGAGAGGAGAGCUGCCCAAGACCCUGACUGACAUGUACUCACACUUCCUGCUGGUUCAGACAAAGAGGAAGAAGCUCAAGUAUGCUGAAGGACAUGAGACAAGUCCACAGGAGCUGAUGGAGGCUGACAGGGAAGUUCUUCUGAAGCUGGGGAGGCUGGCAUUUGAACAGCUGGAAAAAGGAAACAUCAUGUUCUACCAAGAAGACCUGGAGCGCUGUGGUCUGGAUGUCACAGAGGCCUCGCUGUACUCAGGAGUUUGUACAGAGAUCUUCAAAAGAGAGAGUGUGAUCUUCCAGAAAAUAGUCUACUGCUUCAUUCAUCUGAGCGUUCAGGAGUUUCUGGCUGCAGUCUACCUGUUCCACUGUUACACCAACAGGAACACACAGGUAUUGAAGGACUUCCUGGGAGAAGACUACAUUAGUUCAUCCCUGGAUGUCUUCCUGAAGAGAGCCAUGAAGAAAUCCCUUGAAAGUGAAAAUGGCCACCUGGACCUGUUUGUCCGCUUCCUUCAUGGCCUCUCUCUGGAGUCCAACCAGAGCCUCUUAAGAGGCCUGCUGGGUCAGACAGACAACAGUCCAGAAAUCAUCCAGAGAGCCAUCGACAACCUGAAGGAGAUGAACACUGAUGAGAUCUCUCCUGACAGAAGCAUCAACAUCUUCCACUGUCUGACGGAGAUGAACGACCACUCAGUCCAUCAGGAGAUCCAAGAUUUCCUGAAGUCAGAGAACAUAUCAGAUAAGGAACUCUCUGAGAUCCACUGCUCAGCUCUGGCCUACAUACUGCAGAUGUCAGAGGAGGUUCUGGAUGAGUUGGACCUGGAGAAAUACAAGACAUCAACAGAGGGACGACGGAGACUGAUUCCAGCUGUGAGGAACUGCAGAAAUGCUCGACUUUCUGGCUAUUACCUCUCUGAUACUGACUGUGAAGUCGUGGCCUCAGCUCUGAUGUCCAAUCCCUCCCAUCUGAGAGAGCUCGACCUGAGUAACAAUGACCUGCUGGAUUCAGGAGUGGAGCGUCUGUGUGCUGGACUGCAGAGUCCAAACUGUAGACUGGAGACUCUCAGAUUGUGGGGCUGCAGUUUGUCAGAGAUCAGCUGUGCUUCUCUGGUCUCAGCUCUGAAGUCCAACCCCUCCCAUCUGAGAGACCUGGACCUGAGAUACAACAAGCUGCAGGAUUCAGACGUUAAGCUGCUGUGUGAUCUUGUGGAGAGUCCAAACUGUCGACUGGAAACUCUGAGAUGGAAGCCGGGAUCUCUGUAUGAGUGAUCAGAAAGGAGGAUGUGUUGAGACCCGAUGUGGAGUCCUCCAUCAUCCGUGUUUUUCUUGUGGAUCUGACAGAGUAUCAUCAGUGUGUCUGGACUGCUCUUCUGCUGCUCUGUCCUUCUACACAGUCUCUGCAGACACACUGAGACUCCUCCACUCUUUCUGCUCCACACUUAGUCUCUAAUGUCCAGCUCUAUCUCCACAGUGCUGUGGAGUCAGGUGUGGCUACACAACGGAUGCAUUCUGGGAUAGGAG